AAGAAAAAGGCGCGAACAACGUUCACUGGACGUCAAAUAUUUGAACUUGAAAAACAAUUUGAACAGAAGAAAUAUCUGUCGUCUGCCGAGCGAGCUGAUAUGGCCAAUUUACUCAAUGUCACAGAAACACAGGUGAAGAUUUGGUUUCAAAACAGACGAACAAAAUGGAAGAAACACGAA